CGUCGACCAACCACCUGCUCUCUUGUGCCACGCAUCCCUCCAUCUGCCCUGUCUCACACCCUGUUGGCAGCCGGAUCACUGUUGACCUCAGAAGACACUUCCGAGUGUGUUCUUAAAGAUCAAUCCAAGAGCAUCUUGCCCGCUCGCUCUAUAGCCUGGCCCGAACAUUGGGCGGUUCCACCAAGCGACUUACACGCGUCCUUCUCUGCUUCAUUUGGCUUCUAUGCCCCCCGCUGUUCUUGUCAAUACCAAGUGUCCCUUCUUAGGUUGACCAGCCUGCCUUGACAUCAACAUCAUGGGUGGUGAAACUCGAGCCCAGAAGGGCCCCAGGAGCGACUAUCCUCUCCAGGCGCCCAGGCCGGUCGGGCAGAUGAUUACCAACAUCUACAGGGACCGCAUCAACCAGCUCACCGCCGGUGGUCAGUAUGACCGCCACAAUCUCAAUGCCCUGAUGAACGAGGCGGUGGUCUCGGGGGAGCCCCAUGUGCAACUCUCCGUCUGGCAUGCCCCGGGCCAAACCAGGCCUAGCUUCAAAGAGGCCACUUCACACGAGUUCAACAGGACGAACGUAGGCGAGUGGUUCGGCCCGUCUUGGACUACCCACUGGUUCAAGGUUGUCCUGAAUGUCCCCUCCGACCUGCGUGACAAGAGGCUCCUCGAACUCCACUGGGACGCCAACAAUGAAGGGCUGAUUUGGAAUGAGCAUGGCCACCCGCUUCAGGGCCUCACAGGCGGCAACGAGCGCGUGGAAUGGAUCCUGCCGGACUCGUUUCGCGACGGAGAGGAGCACGUCAUCUACAUCGAGAUGGCCUGCAACGGUAUGUUUGGCAACGCGCCAGGUGGGGACUCUAUCCAACCGCCAGAUCCCAACAGAUACUUCCGCCUCGACCGGGCCGAGAUUGUGGCCGUCGACCCUGACGCCCGCCAGCUCCAUAUCGACUACUGGAUCAUUGGAGAUGCCGCAAGAGAGUUUCCUCAGGACUCCUGGGAGCAGCACAAGGCGCUCAAGACCUGCAACGAGAUCCUCGAGGCCUUUGACGUUAACAAGCGGGAGUCGCUGAAGGUCUGCCGCAAGAUUGCCGAGAGCUACCUUGGCUCCCAUAUCAACUCGUCCAAAGUGUACGACAGUGGCAAAGAACCCGUCGUAUUUGGCAUUGGACACUGCCAUAUCGACAGCUGCUGGUUGUGGCCUUUUGCCGAGACCAAGCGGAAGGUGGCCCGAUCGUGGUCCAAUCAGUGCGAUCUUAUGGACCGGUAUCCCGAAUUGCACUUCGCUUGUUCACAGGCACAGCAGUACAAGUGGCUGAAGGAGCUGUACCCGUCUGUCUUUCACCGGGUCAAGAAGAAGGUGGCUGAAGGCCGGUUUCACCCGAUCGGAGGCAGCUGGGUCGAGCACGAUACGAACAUGCCCAGCGGAGAGUCGCUGGUUCGCCAGUUCUUGUACGGCCAACGCUUCUAUGAGAGCAACUUUGGGAGCCGCUGCCAGACCUUCUGGCUGCCCGACACCUUCGGGUACUCGAGCCAACUGCCCCAGCUCUGCCGCUUGGCUGGCAUGUCGCGCUUCCUUACGCAAAAGCUCAGCUGGAACAACAUCAACCGCUUUCCCCAUACGACAUUCAACUGGGUGGCUUUGGAUGGCACGCAGGUCAUCUGCCACAUGCCUCCCUCGGAAACCUACACUGCUGAGGCCCACUUUGGCGACGUCAAGCGCAGCAUGUCCCAGCACAAGUCCCUGGACCAAGAUGCUACAUCGCUACUUGUCUUUGGCAAGGGUGAUGGAGGUGGUGGUCCUACCUGGCAGCAUCUGGAGAAGCUUCGCCGGUGCCGUGGUGUCAGCGACACGGUCGGAAUGCUGCCUCGUGUACACCUUGGCAAUUCGGUCGACGACUUUUUCGAUAAGCUUGAGCGUAAGGCCGACUCCUUUGUGACAUGGUAUGGCGAGCUGUAUUUUGAGCUGCACCGCGGGACCUACACGACCCAGUCGAACAACAAGCGCAACAACCGCAAAUCUGAAAUCGUGCUUCGGGACUUGGAGCUGCUGGCAACGGUCGCGUCCAUCAGGGAUGCGUCGUACAAAUAUCCGAAGAAGGAGUUUGAUACCAUGUGGGAGAUGGUACUACUCUGCCAGUUCCAUGACUGUCUCCCGGGCAGUUCGAUUGAGAUGGCUGUGCACGAGUCGAUGGAAAUGUAUGCCCAAGUCUUCAAGAUUGCCGAGAGCAUCUUUAAAGAUGUGUCUGUUGUCCUUGGCGUCUCUCGAGUUCAGACCACCACAGUCGUGGACGGCAUCGCCUUGAACACCCUGCCGUGGCACCGCAAGGAGGUGAUUGACAUAGACGAGAACGAGGCUGCUGUUGCGUGCGGCAACGGCCUGCUGCUGAAGCUGCGGACUCUCAAAACGAGCCAAGAUGACGGCCUUGUUUCCGCAAAGCAAGCCUCCAAGGGAGUCUUUGUCCUUGAGAAUAGUCAACUCAGGGUCCGGGUGGAAGGCGGUGUCAUCACAUCGCUCUACGACAGGCAAGCCGAGCGCGAGAUCAUCCCCAAGGGUCAGAAAGCCAACCAAUACGUCCUCUUUGACGACAAGCCCCUGUACUGGCAGGCCUGGGACGUCGAGGUCUACCACCUCGACACGCGCAAACCCCUCCAUUCCGGCGAGACUAAGAUCCACGAAAUCAAGAGGCAUCGCGUCAGCCUCAUCACCCACACCAAGAUCAGCGACAAGUCAUCCAUCAAUACAAUUAUCACUCUCGGCGCCGCCGUGGAAGGCCAACAAUCCUACGUCGAGGUCGCCAGCACUGUCGAGUGGCACGAGACGAUGAAGUUCCUCAAGGUCGAGUUUCCCGUCGACAUCCGCAACACGGAAGCAAACUACGAAACCCAGUUCGGCAUUGUCCGGCGCCCGACCCACUACAACACCUCGUGGGACAUGGCCAAGUUCGAGGUCUGCUCCCACCGCUUCGCGGACCUCUCGGAGCACGGCUACGGCGUCUCCAUCCUCAACGACUCCAAGUACGGCUUCGCCACGGCGGGCAACGUCAUGCGCCUCUCGCUGCUGCGCAGCCCCAAGGCGCCCGACGCCCACGCUGACAUGGGCACCCACCACAUCCGCUGGGGCAUCCUCCCGCACCAGGGGGCCCUGUCACACGUCACGGUCCGCAAGGCAUUCGAGUUCAAUAACCCGCUCAAGUUCCUCUCUGCCACCGCCAGGUCGUCAUCGACGACUAGUCUGCUUGAACUCGCGAGACCGCCGGUGUAUUUGACGGAGGAUUCGAGCCCGGCUCUGAUUCUGGAUACGGUCAAGCGUGGCGAGGACGAUGAGGACGUCUCGAGGGGCGAGUUGCCCGCCAAGGAGGGGCGGAGCGUCAUCUUGAGGAUCUAUGAUAGCCUCGGCGGCAGGGCGAGGGGUACGGUUGCGACGUCAUGGGAUGUGUCACGCGUGUGCAAAGUCAAUCUGCUCGAGGAUGAGCUGGAGGAGGUGGUGUUUACAGAGGGUAAGUUUGCGGUGGAUUUGAGGGCGUUUGAGGUUGCUACGUUCAAGUUGCAGCUGGCGUAGGGCGGCAUUUUUCCGUGACUAUGUUGGUUUAUGCGGGUGAGGAGACCGGGUUGUCCGUCAUGUUAUGUUCCUUGAUGUAUGCGCAUGGGGCAGUUGGUCAAGAGAUCAUGGUGAGUUAGGCAGGCGGGUAGUUGGCAGGUAUUGAGCGCGGGCAUUAUCCAUGAUUUGAGCACAAAUUUAUGAGUCCAGCUGAAUAUCAUGCUCAUCUUGGGGCAUGAGGUGCUGGACUCUGUAUGUCCAUCCCUGAUAAUGUAAACAAAUACAGGUUGCAUCAAGCCAAUCCCCAACCAGACACAAAUGACGUUGUGC